UGACUUUUUUAAGAAAUGAAGCGGAAAUUGUAACGUGCCCAAUUGAGCUAUUUCAAUAAUAUACCUAAAUUCUAAAAUCUUAACGGAAAUGUUUGCACCGGGGGCUGCGGCUUGUGGUUAGAGCAUGAGCGGCUGGCGUGUCCGUUUCGAGUGGUUUGUUGAAAAGUGAAUGAAACAAAUUCGACAAGAAACAAAUAAAAAAAACGAGUGUGAAUGUGAAUGUGAACAACGAGUACCCAAACGCACACUUAUCGGUGUCCAUGAAAUUAUAGAGCAAAUUCGAUAAGAAGUUGUUUCUUAUGCCCACGGCGCACACAGUCACUGCUAGAACUCUGAUCUGUGCUGUCAAAUGUUUUGUUUUAUUCCAUUUACCUAACAAAUAGAACAGCCUACGAAUCAAUCACAUUGUGCCUGAUAUGGAUAUCUAAUCAAAAGAAAUAAGUUUCAGUUGCUUCUAUUUUUUUUUUGUUUUUGCUUUCAUAAUUUCCUCACUUAAUCUGUUUAAAACAUCGAAAUAUUUCAAUUUAACUAAUAAGAGUCUUGUAUUAUGAGACAUUCGGAUGUUUUGUAAAAAAAGCGCUGUAAAACUUAAAGAAACCCGACAAUAGAGAGCAGCAGAAAAAAAAAUAAAUACAAAAAAAUAUUCCGCUGAUAACUGCAAAACGAAAUAUCAAUAAAACAAUAUAAAUGACGGACUCGUGACUCUUGUGAAUCGCUUGUCGAUGUUGUUAUUGGUGGCAAGAAAAGUGAAAUACAAAUGAUUGUUAAGAGACAACAAAAAAAAAAAAAAAAAAUUAUAAGUUAUGCUAUUCUUUUGCCGUUUUCGAUUUGCAAUAUACAAUUGUUGUGUUCUCCCGCUGUUAUCUAUACAGAUGUCGUGUAAUACCAAACUGAUAUCAUCUAUAAGUAGCAAGAUGUAUGCAGAACGGUAUUGUUGGUUAGAUAAUUGGAGCUGUCCGCGUCAGCAAUUUUGGUCAAGUCGGCCGCCAGUUUCGAUUGUGCCUUUGAUUUGAAACCUUUUGCUGUGCUGAUAAGAUACAAGGAAUAGCCCAGUUUAAUUCACGGCUAAAAACUAAAGGGCCAAGCGGCCUUUUCAUCUACCCCAAAGCUAUUGGCCAAACAAUGAAAUCCCCCGCAUAAAUAGAAAACAAUUAGCCGUUUCAAACGAUAAGAGAUGUACGAUGAAAAUAAAAAACAAAAAUCCAAUUCUUCAGUGACUCAUAACCGCCUGGAGCGGAAUUGGCGAGUCGAAACAUGGCAAAGCGUGGCAAUGGGCUCCGGGCUCUGACUAAUUAGCUCAUUCAUUUGGCGAUGCGUGAAAUUUAUGAACUUUACAACAUUUGCUAAAAGUGGAAAUAUAUCUGAUGUAAAGCGAAUUUUCGUUUUAGUUUUGUGCAAGCGCUCAAAAAACCUAAUCAGCUGCUUUGGCCGAUAUAUUGAAGGGUUUUUUUAGUAAACUAUUUGCUAUUUAAAUAUAUUUUUUGAUAAAACAGUUUAAUUACUUAUUGAAUUUGACAAUUAUAUUAAUAAUAAAUACAAAACGUUCGAUUUUUGAGUCUUUUUUAACUGAACUUACGUUCCAACAGCGGCAAGGCAUAAAAGCAAAGACUGUCAGUCAUGUUUCAAUAAUCAUCAGAUUCUAUAUUGUUGUUGUCUUGUCACUCGUUCAAAGAACUUAUGGAGAAACCAGGCAUAACCAAGCCUUUUCCACAAAUCCUUGAACAGGAAAACAAAGAACCCGUAACCAAUGGACUGGAUUGCAAUGCCAUAGAAGGAAUGUAUUUCUUAACUUAAAUCAGCCUUUCCACGCCUUCAGAAUGAAAUUAAAACCUUGAAAAUAAGCACAUAAAUACAAAAAAUUGAAAGUUAUUUAAUGAAUAGAAAAAAAAACAACAUAAAAUUUUAUAGCGAUUGCAGUUCGCACAGCCAAGAGUUGAAUUUAAUUAAUAUGUGCCACAAAAAGUAAUACGAUUAAAGAAAAUAUAAUAAAAAAAAAAAAAAAAACAAAUCAAAGCGCAGAAAGAGAAACAAUAUUUAUUUACAUGUUUCAGCCGUAAAAGCGCAACAAAUCAAAUAGACCGCCAUAAAUCUAAUCAAUUUAAAAAGAAAUAUAUCUCUUUUUGGGGCUGGCGCUGCUGUUGAUAACGCGUCAAGUGCUCGACGGCAGUGCAGUGCGCGAAAAUCCGAGUACAUAUUCAAAUCGAGUCACUGAUUCGAAUUGAGGUCUAAAAAAUAAUCGAAAUAUCGCGAAUUACAACAAUUGCAGCCGAGCGCAACAAAUUUACAGCGGCAAUUAAGUGCGCGGCCAUAAAUCAAAAAUCCGGCAACAGUUAUCAAAAGAGGGUUAAAGCACCGUUAACCACUCGGCUCAGUUUUAUUUGCAGGCACCAAUCACAAUAACAAUAAAUACAAAAAUACCAAUAAUAACAAUAGCAAUAGCAACAAAAGAUGUUCGAUAAAUAUGCUAAAAUAGUAGCUGACAACUAACCAACCACAGCAAGCGGCAAACGGUAAACGGCAAACGGCAAACAGCAGCAGGCAGCAGGCAGCAAAUAAACAAUAACAAUCCCCUUUACCCCCACCAUUCACUAUUUAACAACCCGGCGUGUGAGGCUCCCCACCCAGGUGACCCCUGCCAUACAAGAGCAGCAGCAGCACCCGCUCUCCCCCGCAAACAUGGCCUGCUUUCCGCGUCUCUUCCAUCAUCGCAGUAAAAACAAAUUUACGCCCGCUCAAGAUGAGAACACCGACACGAUACUCAACACACAAGAUAGCCCCGUGCAAAUUGGUCUCUACAUACGACGCGAGGAGAAACCACUUUACUCGCCCAUAAUUACGCCUAGUGCCAGUGAGGCGCAACUGCAGCGCCUAAAACAACAGCCCUCCAGUUCCUCCGUCCAGCCGCUCCAGGCUGUAGCCGAAAAUGUGGUCAGCCCUAGCAUUACUGGCAACACUGCUGACAACAAUGCCGACGACAGCAUAGGAAGCCAGCACCAGGAGCAGCAGCAACAGCAGCAUCCAAAGAAGUUUCGCUCGCACAAAAGCAGGCUUCAGGCAGAGGAUAGAGAAAAGGAGAAGGAGAAGUUCUCGACAGUCAAUGGAAGUGCAAUUAAUGUCACACGUACCAAUUCAAAAUUAAAACCCGUCAAAGAACGACGCCCCACCGCACUGCCUACCGAGGCGCCCAACGUGAAUGGCGCCCAACGUGUGGCUGAUGUGGAUGCCGAUAAGGAACUGGCAACGGGGGAGCUGGAGCAGGUUGCUGAUGUUGUGGACGGAGAGUCAAAGCUCAAAGGGAAUGCGAAUGGCAUAAUUGAUGAGAAUGGUGACAAUGAGGCUGUCAAAACUCCAUCGACAGGAACGCCCUCGAUAUUCACACCAAUACCAACACCGCCAGCAAAGGCAAAUGUUAAAUUUUUCAUUGGUCAUACACAGGAACUAAAUGCCGAGCAGCCCUCAGAUGACAUUUUGUCCUGGCAUAGUAAUGAUGCUAACAACAACAACAACAGCAACAGCAACAAGCUGACAAAUGGAACAUUACCAGGACAUGCACAUGGACAGCGGCUGGCCGAGUCAAUGACGACGACAACGGCGACGUCGCCAAAGGUGCCCGCAAAGAGCUGCAGCAAUGUGUCACUCAAUUAUCUUAGAAGGUCCAAAAGCACGAUAGCCAGCACUGAGCCAGUGACCACCAGCCAGCGGAGGCGUGUGUCGACCAUGCCCGACAUUAACAUACCAACACCACCACCCAUGCCUCUAGAGCUCCUAAAGCCGGUAACACCGCUGCAUUUGCGCAAGAAGCGAAGUGCAGAGCGUCAAGCUUCUCAGGACUCACUUCCAGUAGCCGCCCCCGAUGCUUCAGCCAGCCAAGAUGAAACGUCCAAGCUAGAGGACAGCGAGAGAGCCAGCAGAAGCAGCAAUGGGUCUGCAACGAAAAUACAUCGCGUGGAGGGAGGUCUCAUCUAUGUGCGACCGAAUUUGCCCGUGCAGCAGAAUAUUGAAAUCGAAUUUAAUGCAAAGGACGAAGCUACACGCAAUCUCAUACUCAAUGCCAUCGAACGAAACGAUUUCCUCAAUAAUCUAAUGGACAAGGAGCGCAAGGACAUGGUCAUCAAUGCAAUGGCACCGGCCAGCUACAAGAAGAACAGUUACAUCAUCAAUGAGCACGACGAGGGCUCCGAGAUCUUUGUCUCCGCCGAAGGUUACUACGAUGUCAUACAAGCGGGUCAGAAUGUGGGCAACUUCGGGCCAGCCACCGUCUUUGGUGAACUAGCAAUACUCUACAAUGCGCCACGCAAAGCCACUAUAAAGGCUGCCACCGAUGCGCGAGUUUGGAAGAUUACGCGUGAAACGUUUCGUGCCAUUAUGCAAAUCUCGGGCUCUAGGGAGCGCGAGGAGAACUUGCAGUUCCUACGCUCGGCUCCAUUUCUGCAGGAGCUGGAGAAGAGUCUACUCACCAAAGUUGUCGAUCUGUUACAGCGGAAAUUUUACGAGACAGGCAGCUGCAUUGUACGCGAGGGCGAGGUGGGCAACGAGUUCUUCAUCAUACGCGGCGGCACGGUGACCAUCAAGAAGAAGAACCAAGCUGGGCAGGAACAAAUUGUGGCCAAGCGUAAGCGUGGCGACUACUUUGGGGAGCAGGCACUCAUGAAUGCGGACGUCCGGCAGGCGAGCGUCUAUGCGGAUGCGCCAGGCACUGAGGUGCUCAAACUGGAGCGAGAGGCCUUCAUCAGCUACCUGGGCACCAUAAGGCAGCUGAGCGAGAAGCCGCAAGCGCAGACCAACAACGAGAAUGGGCGUUCAAAUAGCAAAGGCGCCGAAUUCGAUAAUGAGCAUGCACACAUCGCAAUCUCGGAUCUGAAGAAAGUAGCUACUCUGGGUGCUGGCGCUUUUGGUCGUGUGGAUCUGGUCACGCACAACAGUAAGGCAUUUGCGCUGAAGAUCAUUAAGAAGAUCGAGGUGAUUAAGCAGGAUCAAAUCGAGCACGUCUACAAUGAGAAGAAUGUGAUGAUCAAGUGCCGCGAUUCACCCUUUAUAGUGCAACUCUAUCGCACCUAUCGUAAUGAGAAGUAUGUGUACUUUCUGAUGGAGGCCUGCAUGGGCGGCGAUGUCUGGACGGUCAUGUCAAAGCGUCAGUAUUUCGAUGAUAAGACUGCCAAGUUUAUAGCGGGCUGCGUCGUAGAAGCCUUUGACUUUCUGCACGCGCAUAACUUUAUCUACAGGGACCUCAAGCCGGAGAACCUGAUGCUCAGCAGCGAUGGCUACUGCAAGCUGGUCGACUUUGGCUUCGCCAAGUACGUGCGUCCCAACGAGAAGACCAACACGUUUGCCGGCACGCCUGAGUAUGUGGCGCCCGAGAUUAUUUUGGAUCGCGGUCAUGAUCGCGCCGUGGACUACUGGGCACUGGGCAUACUUGUGUAUGAGCUGCUGGUUGGCAAAACGCCCUUUCGCGGGGUCAAUCAAAUCAAGAUCUAUCAAAACAUCCUGAGUGGCAUCGAUGUCAUACACAUGCCCUCCCGCAUACCCAAGUCUGCGCAGCAUCUAAUACGGCAUCUGUGCAAGCAGCUGCCCGCCGAGCGGCUGGGCUAUCAGCGCAAGGGCAUUGCGGACAUUAAGCGGCAUAGCUGGUUCGAGAGCCUGGACUGGACGCGACUUAGACAAAAACAGCUUCCCUCGCCCAUUAAGCGCAACCUGAGGAGUUUGACAGACCUGCAAUACUUUAUUCACGCUCAGGAGCCAGACUACGAGCCGCCCGAAGAGCUAAGUGGCUGGGAUAAGGACUUCUAAAAAAGUAUAUAUAACCAAAGACAUUGUUCAUAAGUAAAUAGAUUUUAAUCGGUUAGACCGUAGAUACGAGGCGAAUACGUGUCAUAAGCUGUAAAUAAAUUUGAUAUUAUGAUUGUUUAAA